AGUAAAUUUCUAUUUUCUUUUUCCCUGAAAAAUAGAAAAUCCUCCUCAGAAUUUGGAAAAAAUAUUCCAGAAAAUGAGUAGCUCAGCAACAGCACCAUGGAAGCAGCUUCUUCUCAAGUCCCUCAGCUCCAAUUCCCAUCUUAAGCAUUCCACCUACUUUCAGCUCGCAACUGUUGGAUCCAAUGGCCGACCCUCUAAUCGAACUGUUGUCUUCAGAGGGUUUCAAGAGGGUACUAACAAGAUUCAAAUUAAUACUGACUCACGAAGCCGCAAGAUUGAAGAAGUUAAGCAUUGCCCGUUUGCCGAGGUGUGCUGGUAUUUCACUGAAACUUGGGAACAAUUCCGAAUUCAUGGAAGAGUAGAUAUGAUUGAUGCGUCAAAUUCUGACCCAGAUAAACUUCAGCAAAGAGAGGCAGCUUGGUUUGCUGGUUCUGUGAGAUCAAGGCUACAGUAUUUGGGGCCCACUCCAGGGAUUCCUUCUCUAGAUGAACAACCAUCACACGAUUCAUUGGAUCCCUCUGCUGGUCCAGUUGAUGCAUUCUGCCUUCUAAUUUUGGACCCUGAGCAGGUUGAUUAUCUGAACUUGAAGAGUAAUGAGAGGCUGUCAUUUACGGCCGGACAAAGUGUCAAUGUUCCUGAUGAAAUCAAUCAGCUGAAUUUGAAGCACAUGCGUACUAAGGUAAACUCAAGUCAUUUGCUCUGGCGCCAUAAUAUUGGAAGUAAGCAAUUGAUGAUAUGUUUUGGAAUGAGACAUUUCUAGCAGAUUGGUAAGGUCCCAUGGCCAUCGAAUAUCUUGCUAUGGGUUGAUCUGCUGUCACUAGGACGUUUAGUGUUUGACCUGGACCGAGCAUGACUCGG